CUCAUCGUUGCAUAGAUUUUGUCAGAAAUCAGCUGUGUGUAUUUGCAUGUGUCUGUUUCAGGUCCUCUCAUCUGUUCCCCUGCUGGUACCAGUGACCCUCUACCACACUACAGUGGGAAUUACAUAUCCAUUGCAAAUCCACAGAACCCUGAUUGUUGUUCCAGGCCCCUCUCAGCAGGCCUGGGGCGGAGUCUCUGGCUGUCACAGGCUCCCGUAUGGCUCCCAGUGUCGCCAUCCUGAAUCAGUUAGUGGAGACUGGGGACCAUAGCCUUCCCUUGCCCACUGGGUGGUCCUGGCUCCCAGGCCUGCUCAUGGGAGCAGAAAGAGAGGAACCUAGAGGGAGGAGGUGAGGGUUGAGCCACAUGUAAGUGGGACCCAGCCAACUGGGUCCUCUUCCUCUUACCAGAUGGGGCACCGCCCUUCUAGCCCAGGCUCUGUUUCGAUGCUGGGACUUUUCUCUGUCAGUGCUCCACAGUGGGAUAGGCCAGUGAGGUCCGCGCGCACAGGCAGACCUGCCCGUGGAGGCCAGUGGUCUAAGUGGCAGCCCCACUGGACUCCCCUGCUCUGGGCCUGAGUGUGGAACUCCUCACCCCCCUUGGAUUUGCUGAGGGCAUGACGAUGGUCUUUGUCAGCUAUGGUGUCUGAAGUUUGUCAGGAAUGAUAACCGUAGAGUUGAUUGGUACUGGGCCACCAUCCCUUUCAGUACAUAGGCACUGUGGGCGCCUGAGGUAGGGUUGAACCCCAUAGAUUAGCGUGCCCGUUGGAGCAAGCCUGAAGAAGGCAGGGCCCAGCCUCUCUGCCUGGGCCUCCUCACGAGGCCCCCUGGGAACUAUACCUGGGCACCUCCUGGCUGGGCUGGACGGUGGCCUUGGAGACAUCAGAGCCCGUCUGGUAGGGGUGUCAGGGCAUUGGCAGCCUGGAGGAAUGGCAGCCCCCCCCUUCAUCCUUUUUCUAAAAUACCAAAUGGGAGGAGUCUGCAGCAGGAAGAGGCCACUGGCCACUGCUGCUGAGCCCCCUUUGGCCCCUUGCUGUGUCCUUAGGUGGCUGCCAACCUUCUGCCUGUAUCACAGUGUGUUCCUGCCCCGUUAGGAACUCACUGUGGGGGUCAGAUCUGCCUGCUGGCCCCUGUGCCCCCAACAGUCUCAGGCAGUCCCUUUGGCCCCACAUCCAAAAGUGAGUACAUGCUGCUGUGAGGAGGGGCCCGGUGGGAGGGGCCCACACCCUGCUCCAGCAGACAUACUGCACAUUCCUCCCCCAGGCCAGGGGGAGGUGGCUGACUAGCUGGCCCUAGCCUCUGGGUAAGCGGGUCAGUGCUGGCUCCCCUUCUGGACCUCCAAGCUCCUUUGUCUUGUCUCGUCCUCUCCUCCACCGUGGGCCUUUUCCAGGUGGUUCCUCAGUUUCCUCUGGCUUUAGGGUAUCCAGACCUUUGGGAGGAGGGGUAUAGAAGGUAUUUGGGAUCCAAAAACUUGCUCCCAGAUCCAUCCCAGGAAGCCUGGGCCUGAAAGGGCUACUGCUAGUUUCCAGGUUGGGCUUGCGUGGGCGAAAGGGCAGAGGUUUGCCUGGGUGGGCGGCGGGAUGGUCCCAGGGAUGGCUGUCCUGUCUUCAUCAGCUGGAGCCAAGGAAUCAGGGCCUCGUGCUCCUUCCACCCUGUCCACGGCUGUAUCUCCACUGACAUCCUUUCCUCUUGUCCUGACUGCCAGAACAGCUAAGCCCCACAGAAGCAGCAGUGAGACCACUUCCUGCUACCCACCAACCUGGGCUUUAGGCUACUUCAAAGCCAAUGAACCCCAUGAAUCCCAUGAAACCUGCCCUGCCCCCCGCACCACACAGUGAUGGUCCAUUCGCUUAUGAGGCAGUGCCUUGGCAACAAAGUGCCACUCAGCCAGCAGGAUCGCUGUCCGUGGUCACAACCGUGUGGGGAGUCGGCAACGCAGCCCAGAGCCAGGUUUUGGGGAACCCCAUGGGCCCUGCAGGGAGCCCCCCCAGCACCUCCAUAAUGCCUGGCAUGGCAGGUGGCAACUCCACCCUGAACUCUCCACAGUGCCUUGGACAGCAGGCAUUUGGUGAAGGUGGCACUACCAAGGGCUACGUGCAGCAAGGGGUGUACGGCCGUGGGGGCUACCCUGGGGGCCCCAGCUUCACCACUGGGUAUGCGGGGGGCCCAGGAGGCCUCGGCCUCCCCUCGCAUGCCACACGACCUUCCACUGAUUUUACUCAAGCAGCGGCAGCUGCUGCUGUGGCUGCUGCUGCUGCCACAGCCACUGCCACUGCCACGGCCACAGUGGCUGCCCUGCAGGAGAAGCAGAGCCAGGAGCUGAGCCAGUACGGAGCGAUGGGGGCUGGACAGUCUUUUAACAGCCAGUUCCUGCAGCAUGGAGGACCCCGUGGACCUAGCAGCAUGAACCCUACCAGCGUAGGAGGGCUGAUGGGCUCCUCUGGCAUGAACCCCAUGGGCAUGACCGCCACCCGGGCAGCAGGCAUGGCACCCCUGUAUGCAGGACAGCGCCUGCCCCAGCAUGGGUACCCUGGGGCUCCCCAGGCCCAGCCAUUACCCCGACAGGGGGUCAAGAGAGCCUAUUCCAGUGAGGUGUAUCCAGGGCAGCAGUACCUGCCAGGAGGCCAGUAUGCUCCUGGCCCCGGGCAGCCCCCGGCCCCUUCCUCCUACCCUGGUCACAGACUGCCCCUCCAGCAGGCCGUGGGCCAGUCCCUGUCCGCCUCCAACCCUGCAGGACUACACUACAAGCCUGCAGAGCAGUUCAACGGGCAGGGCGCCAACUUCAACGGGGGGAGCAUCGGCUACAGCCAGCCUGGCCUGAGUGGGCCCACCCGUUCCAUCCCUGGCUACCCCAGCUCCCCACUGCCGGGGAGCCCCACGCCGCCCAUGACCCCCAGCAGCAGCGUCCCCUACAUGUCCACCAGCCAGGAAGUCAAGUCUCCCUUCCUGCCUGACCUCAAGCCCAGUGCGAGCUCCUUGCACCCGUCACCCCCCGGCAGCGGCCCCUGCGACGAGCUACGACUGACCUUCCCUGUGCGUGAUGGGGUGGUCCUGGAGCCCUUCCGUCUGCAGCACAACCUGGCUGUGAGCAACCAUGCCUUCCAGCUCCGAGACUCCGUCUACAAGACCCUGAUGCUGAGGCCUGACCUGGAGCUGCAGUUCAAAUGCUACCACCAUGAGGACCGGCAGAUGAACACCAACUGGCCGGCCUCGGUGCAGGUCAGCGUCAACGCCACCCCGCUCACCAUCGAACGUGGCGACAACAAGACCUCCCACAAGCCCCUGUACCUGAAGCACGUGUGCCAGCCGGGCCGCAACACCAUCCAGAUCACCGUCACGGCCUGCUGCUGCUCCCACCUCUUCGUGCUGCAGCUGGUGCAUCGGCCCUCUGUCCGCUCCGUGCUGCAGGGCCUCCUCAAGAAGCGGCUCCUGCCCGCCGAGCACUGCAUCACCAAGAUAAAGCGGAACUUCAGCAGCGGCACCAUCCCUGGCACCCCCGGACCCAACGGAGAGGAUGGGGUAGAGCAGACAGCCAUCAAGGUGUCCCUGAAGUGCCCCAUCACCUUCCGCAGGAUCCAGCUUCCCGCUCGUGGCCAUGACUGCCGCCACAUACAGUGUUUUGACCUGGAGUCGUACCUACAGCUCAACUGUGAGCGAGGGACCUGGAGGUGCCCAGUGUGCAACAAGACAGCUCUGCUGGAGGGUCUGGAGGUGGACCAGUACAUGCUGGGCAUCCUAAUUUAUAUUCAGAACUCGGACUACGAGGAGAUCACCAUCGACCCCACAUGCAGCUGGAGGCCGGUACCCGUAAAGCCCGACUUGCACGUCAAGGAGGAGCCGGACGGGCCGGUGCUGAAGCGCUGCCGCACUGUGAGCCCCGCACACGUGCUCAUGCCCAGCGUGAUGGAGAUGAUAGCUGCCCUGGGCCCUGGGGUCACCCCCUUCGCCCCCCUGCAGCCCCCCUCUACCCCAGCCCCCGGCGACUACCCCAGUCAGGGUUCCAGCUUCUUAGGACCUGGAACCUUCCCUGACUCCUUCCUGCCCACCACACCCAGCACCCCGACCCUUCCUGAAUUUACCUCUGGACCACCCCCCAUCUCCUACCAGUCCGACAUUCCUAGCAGCCUUCUGACACCAGAGAAGUCUGCCCCCUGUAUUCCUGGUCAGAUGGCACCUUCGGGUCACCUGGACCCAGCCCACAAUGCUGGGCUGCCAGGGCUGCACGCUCCUAACCUUGGAGGCCCCCCAGGGCCCCAGCUGCACCAUCCAAAUCCUCCCCAAGCAUCGCGGCAGCCCUUGGGACAAGUGAGCUCCAGUCCUGUCAGCGAGCUAACCUUCAACCCUGCCGCAGGCGUGAUGGGGCCCCCCAUGUCUGGUGGAGGGGAGGCCCCAGAACCAGCCCUUGAUCUGCUUCCAGAGCUGACCAACCCUGAUGAGUUGCUGUCCUACCUGGGCCCGCCCGACCUCCCUACCAACAACAAUGAUGACCUGCUCUCCCUCUUUGAGAACAACUGAUCCUGUUGACCCUCCCGGCAGGCAUAAGCCACAGAUGUCACCACGCCCUGCCCCUCCACACCCAACCCCUCUGACACUGGCUGCCCUCCCUGAACCCUCCAUUCGUGCACGCCUGGAGCCAGGCCCCGGGCCUCCACCUCCUGGUCCCUGAAAGCAACCCUUGGUUGGGAGGGACCUCGCAGCAGCCCUCACCCCCACCAAGUUCGCUGCUGCAGAACAGAUGAUGAGAUGCCCAGCCCCGCCCCCCCAUCCACACCGAUCUGUGCCCAGCAUCACCCCAUCCUGGCUCACUUCAUCCAUGUCCUGCCCUCUGUGGUGCCUCUCCACGAACAUUUGCAGCCUCUGCCACCCUCUACCCCUGCCUAUACCCACUGGCCUGCUUCAUGUCAGCGUUAACCCUUGUGUUUAGAUUCCUCUGGGACCUGUGGAGCCAGCAAGGAAUGGGCUGGCUCUGUCCUGACCUGGAAAUCGCCCAGCCCUGCGGCAGUUGGUGGAAGUCACUUCCCACCCUAGCUCCAGGCAGAGGCUGAGAGGGGACACUAAAGCACAAGGAUGUACAUGGCAUAGAAACACCCAGAGCUGCAGGGCCACCAACCCUCUCUUCCUCCUGACGGCUCCCAGCUGGGGGUGGAGGUGAGGGCCGCUGACCGGGUGGGGGCCUGCACUCAGCUCCAUGUACGAUUUUCCAGCGGGCUGCUGCUCUCCCGGGUGGUUCCCCUCUUCCGUGAGAGCGAUCGGUUAGCGCCGCUGUGUUUUUUAAAAUCUCCCGUCUUCACUCUGGGGCCAGGCCAGGUGGGGGAGGGAGCCACCGCAUCCUUGGCUCAGGGCCCGGGUCGUGUCCCCUGUCUGUGCCCAUCUCUAUUAAAGGACUCCCUCGUGGUGGGC